AUGUCCGACUCAACGAACACCAACCAGCCAAGCCUCGUGAGCGGCCACGCACAAUACAUUAAAUCGCAAGCAGAGGCUGCUGUUGGAAGCGUCACUGGAUCAGCCGAUUGGAAAGCCUCAGCCGAGCAAGACAAGCAACAAGCAGUUGAUGCGAUGAAAGCAGCCUCAGCGAAUCGCGACCAUCAACAGGAGGGAUUUGGGAAGGUAGAGGAGAUUGCCGGAAAGGCAGUAGGGUGUGAGGGCAUGGAGACGGAGGGUGCUGCGACGAAGAAGCCCGGACAGUAG